CCGCAUACAAGGACCGGCGAUAGGCCGGAGGACCUCCAACUUUGGUUUGCCCAAAUCGGGUUCGAGCACUUUCACGGUUGCGACGGAAGCGAAUCGCGCACGCCAUAAGAACGCAGCAUUCGACACACGUAACACAUUCCGAGCGCUGCGACGUAACGCCACGCGCGAGCGCACCAGCAGCGCACCAAUAUGAGCCGCAGACACAGCACCUCCCCCGACUCCAAGCCAAUCACGACGCGCCUCCACAAGCUCACGGCGCUCCUCGACGAAUUGGCGACAGCCAAACAUCAACCGGACGACACGGCAACCGAAUUUCUGCCGACGAAACUGCUCAAGCGCGUCCUGGCCUACGUCGGCUCCGGCGGCGCCGCCGCGGCCACCAACAACAGAUGGCGCCGUGUCGCGGCAAACCCGGAGCUCUGGCGAGAUGCGGUGCAGCGAGCAGCUGUAAGAGCGGAAUCGAGGGAGACGGCCGACGGUAGAGCGAGACAGCAAGCCAAAGACGUCAUUCUGGCACUAAGGGCGGCCUCGCGAGCACUAGCGGCGACGCCAGGGUCAAGAAUAGCGGAACUCCGAGACGCCAUGGCCGCGGCGGCGCGGCGCCAGCGGCGGGCGCCGACGGAUGUGGAGAGGCCGGUCCUCGAGGCGUCGUGCGACGUCCUCGGCCUCAAUUCCGCUACGGUAUGCAGUCGGCGUCCCGCGGCGAUGGCGUAUAGCGUGAAAAGGUCAAACCACACAGGCGUCGCACUUCCGCGCGGCGCUCGACGGCGCGCCGGCGGCGCCGGGCGCGAAGCCGCGGCCGCGGCUCGGCGCCGCGCUCGCGGCGCUCGACGUGCCCGCUUUGGCGCUCAGCGACGACGCCGACGCGCACCGCCGCCUCUACGAGCUCGCCGUGGCCACGGCCGACCCGGCGUUCCCCGCGCCCGCGCGCGCCGCGAAGGCGAACGUCCACCUCGGCCGCUUGGCCGCGUGGUGCGUCGCCGCCGCGAACUGUCGGGACGCGCUGCUCCGGGCGCGGCACACGACGCCGCAGCCGCCGCGCGGGCCGCCCGCGGCCGCCGUCGUCGCCGCGGGCGAGCGCGCCGUGAAGCGCUGGCUGCGGCUCUGCGCGCCUGGUGGAGCGUCUCCCGAAAAGUCUCCGGAAAAGCCGCCACAAGCCAUGACGACGCCGUCGCGCUUCGCUCAGACCCGCCGCCGCCGCCGCCCCGCGCCCUCGUGUCCGCCGCCCUCGACGCCUUCAUUACGAUCCAUCUUCGACGCGUCCAGAAGCAAGCCUGUGCCGCGCGGCGCCGACUGCGCGCAGACCUUGCGCAAGUUCUACGCCAUCCACAACCCUUCCUUAUUACCUAGAGCGGCGCAAAUAGCAAGAGAGUGGCGCGGGUCCGAGGAGACGCUCUUCGCUCUACUGCGGUACAAGUACGGCUCCGGUACAUCAUCAUCAAAGCCGCUUGCGUUAGCGUUGGACGCGGCCGAGACGGCGAAGCCGCGACGGCGCCGGUCCAUGUCCGUCGUCCCUGCGAGGGAGGGUCCCCGGGAUAGAGCAGAAGCUCUACGAACAUUAAGAGCGGAGGUCGAGAGACUGAAGGCCCUCGAGGAGGAGAACGCCGCGAAGGUCGAAAAGGAGAAGCGCCGCGCGAACUACGCGUCGCAAAGGGCGAAAUCUUUGAAGGAGGAGCGCGACGACGCCAUCGAAAAGGCCGCCGAAGUUACCACUCUAAGAAGGGAGUCGGCCAAGCUCCGCGAGAACGAAUCCAAGAGAUUGGUGGAGUUGGAAAGGUUGCAGAAGGCUUUGGAGAGGGAGCGCGAGGCGUCUUCAGCAAGGACGCCCGCGUCGCCGUCCAAACCCGCGCGCGACGUGCUCGACCCGGAGGCGGUGGCCGUCGACGCGGUCCUCGCCGCUUUGAGUGAUGUCUUAGUGGCGGAAUGUGCGACGGAGGUCGAGUUCGAGCUGGAGUUUGGGCUGUCGGAGGCGCAGCUGCUGGGCCUGGCGCCGCUGCCCGAACUACCGUCAACUGUGCCCGAGGAGCCGGCGCGGCCCUCGCUCGAGGAGCAGAUCGCCGCCGGUCGCCGGAGCCUGCGCAGGGCGCGGUCGGCGUCGCCCCCGAGGCGGCGCGACGCGUCCGAGACGCCGGCCACCCUGCUCCGCGGCUGGGCGAGGGAGCAGGCGCCGUCGUCGGGCUCGUCGAAGGCGUCGCCGACGCUCCGCGACCUGGAAACGACGUUCCGGUCGCUGUCGAGCGAGCUCUCGCCGUCGACGGCGCAAGGCGUCCUCGACGGGCUCGAGGCGCCGCUGGACGGGCUUGUGCGCUAGGCUAAUGUGGUAGUACGCGA